AUGGCACGUCUGAACACUCAGGCUGUUUCCUCUGAUAGUGAGAGUCACGGGCAAUCUACUUCUCCCGACCGAGAUACCCCACGCACCUCAGAACCACCCUCUUCUGCCGAACAUACCAUUAGUUCAGAUAAGGAGAAUCGGACUUAUUCUCGGCCCUCUCCAAGAGAAAAAGGGAAGCGAAAGAGCCCUACCUUAUCCAUGCCCGAUCUGUCUACCAUUGAAUCAAGUGCCCGCAAGAGGAGGAAAGUGAAUGGAGAAGAUGCCCCAAGCCAGGCAGCACACCAAAUCGACAAGCAGUACUAUGACCCUAACCAAGCCCCUGAAGAACGAAGGCUUGUUCGCAAAGGUCUACGUAACCUCUUCGCCAAACUACAUGAUUCCAAGAGCGAAUACCUUCGACCUGAAUCUACAGGGCUAGAGGAGACUCUCCGAGAAGCCGAUGAAUUGUACAAAAAUGUCAAGCAAACUUCGGAAGCCGCAAUUGACUCAAGGUUACUGGUUGAGACGGCGGACCUCUCGUACAAAAAGAUAAAUAGUCUAACCCUGGGUCAUGCCAUGACGGGAAUUGACGUCGAUGACUUCGUCACCAAGUGUAUUCUCUUUAUGAAACGAGGGGACGAACAAGAACAUCGAAAUGAUAGGCACGACCGAAAUGAACCUCCGAGCACACAAACGCAACGGCGGAGACGACGUCAUGACGGCGACGUGGAAGGCGGUGACGAGGGCGACACAAUGAAUUGGGAAUACCUGGGGACGAAUGCGUGCUUCCUCUACAACUCUCGUCCCUGUCUGACUGGCUUUCUCCUUGGUCCGUUGUCGGUGCAGAAAAAGGUACGACAGCAGACCCAGCGAAAAGCCCGUGAGGCUCGAACCGAAGGCACGCAGGCUCUCCGACCAGUGGAGUUACGAGAUGAAGACUUGGAGAAACAAGAAUCAGCGAAUCUGACGGAGAUCUGCACGGAGAUUGCACGGCUUCUGAGAAAUGUGCAAACCGAGGGCGGAAGGAACGCAUCGAGAGAGUUCGAUGACGAAGAUGAAGACGUAACAGACGAACAAGUGCGGGCAAUUCUGCGCCGCCAUGGGAUGGCGGAAAAUGGAUGUGUGCCGCUCUUCGACUUCUGUGUCAACCCCAAAUCGUUCGGACAGACGGUUGAAAACUUGUUUUACGUGAGCUUUUUGAUCAAAGAAGGAAAAGUAGCGCUGGAUUUUGACCGUGAUGGCCUCCCCACUCUGGGGAUUGCAGCCAGUCGUUCCUUCGCGGAGAGGCAAGAAAUGCAGCGAAACCAAGCCGUGUUUACCCUUGAUUUUGAUGUUUGGGAGGAUAUCAUUAAAAGCUUUGGUAUUGAGAAAAGUAUCAUUCCUCAUCGGAAGGAGGAGAAAUAUGACGAUGGGAUACUCGACUAUGCACGCAUGGAGGACGAUGAUGCCCGAGCCAUGGAGGAAGAGGAAGUCUCUGACGCCUAUGCUUGA